AUGGACAGCAACAAUCCUGAAAACAAAAGUAACCAAACAAUUUUGAAUGUGGUUCCGUUAAACAGUGCGCCCUACGUCGGUCCAUCAAGCAGUUAUACAUCAUCCAUGUUAGCCAACAAAUCAAACGAUAACGCAGAAAAAGCAAGGUCUCCCAUGAUAUUGCUGCCUAGCGGAUCAAUUCAAGAAGUGUAUGACUUACUCUCUCAAAACAAAAACGGAGUUGUCCUCACAGGAAGUGCAGCUUUGGGGAAAAUUGGACACACCGUUGGUUUGGUGGAUAUCGCUGUGUCUGACGAGACUUACUUCUUUCGUGUUUCGCUGCCUGGUGUUGUAAGAGAAGAAAAGUAUUUCUCAUGCGAGAUUUCGGACGAUGGUACGGUUAGUAUAAAAGGAGUAACAGCGACAGGAGAGAAGACUGUGUGCAAACAUUCACAGGUCUUCAAGAUGCUUACACAGAACAUGUCUCCUCCAGGCCACUUCAGCAUUUCAUUUCCGCUUCCUGGUCCAGUCAAAAGCAAGGAAGUCACUGGUAACUUUGGACCAGAUGGUGUUCUUGAGUGCGUAGUGAAGAAGAAGCUGAACAAGGACUGA